AUGAACACUCACUUAAAAGCAUUGAAACUCACUUUGAAAUGGAAGAAUCCAGUCUCAUUAGACCACUUAAGUGUCAGGGGAAACAACAUUCGCUAUUAUAUUCUUCCAGACAGCUUAAAUCUCGAGACUUUACUGGUCGAAGACACACCACGAAUCAAACCGAAAAAACCAACUGCAGGAAAGAUCCCACCAGGUGGGCGUGGAAGAGGAGGCCGUGGACGUGGUGGACGUGGUGGCCGUGGUGGUCGUUAA